GUGGUUGCGGCUGAGGGAGGUUGCCCGCGGUGGGGCACCUCUCAAGCCCUACAGUUGAAUGGUGAAGACUGAAGAUGACCCUGGCACCGCCAGCUUGGAAUCGUCAAUCGGCCUCCUUUUUUGGAUUUUAUUUAUUAUUAUUAUUAUUUUAUUUUCUUCGCGAUAUUUUGGGCACGCAGGGGUUAGCGGACUAUCAGGGAUUAGGAGAAGAACCAAAUAGGCUGCAUGAUGUGAAACCACCGCUAGAAACAUGGAAGCCCGACUGAGGGAUGGAUUAUGGAAGGAAAAACACGCUGAGGCCGGAAGGAUGAUUGUCCCGGGGGCAGGGAAUGGCGACGGCGGUGGCACAAGUUUCAGCCGGCGUAGCACAUUUCCAGUCGGCCGGAUGAAACUGACCGUCCUUAUCGGCGAUGUCCAUGUCCAUGUCAGAUUCGCUAGUUUUGCUCGAAUGGGGCAGUCGCCAUCAUUCAGCGAGGAAUUGGCAAGUGCACAGUCGCCCAGGAGAGUAAUCCUGCUCCACCCAGUCUCGGCACCAGGGUUAUUCGAGACGGUGUCAGGCCUUCUGAAGCUAUUCUCUGGCUAUCUAUCCGGGGCUACGGGCCGGGUCCAUGGUCACGGAAUGGCCUGUCAAAACAAAAUCUCCUUCAGCAUCGGGAACCACGGUGGUCGCCGGUGGGAAAAGAACGAGCAGAAGAUACCUCGGGAUGUGUCAGGUCCGUGUCUUGCCUGUGUCUGUGUCUGUGUCUGUGUGUCUGCGUGUCUGAACCUGCCUGCAUGGCCUGAUGGCCUGGAGUCUGACGACAGCUUGCCAGGCCCCCUCAACCUGCAUCAGCACGGCGAGAAAUCUGCAUGCGUUGUUGCACAAAAGCCUCAUGCCACGUUUUCUGGGGAGCGCAUCAUCCUCCCUAGCUGGGAUUAG